CAGCCCCAGCAGCAGCCCCAGCAGCAGCCCCAGCAGCAGCCCCACACCACCACCACAGCUCUACUCCUUCCAGCUCCUGCUCUUAGUCAUCAGAAGGUGGAGCUGACUCCAACUGUUGCUGUGGGAGACCCAGGUAAAGGAGUCAGGGCCAAUCAGACGGCUGCACCCACCCUUACAGCACAAGUGGGUGGGGCUUGUAGCAUUGUCCAUGUCCUGGAGUGGAAGGAGGGAAUGGCCAUCCUGCCCAGCAGCAACCUCAAGUUCUGCGUGAGUGACGUAGGAACGCUGAGCACACUGAUCACCCCAGGGACCACCAGCAGCACAGCUGAAUUAGCAGCAGGGACUUCUGGGAGAUCCGCUGACGCAGAAGGGGCUCCAGCAGACAAGCCAGGCCCCGUGCGUGCAGCAGCUGUGGAGCCUGGGAGGUUGGUUCCCGUCAAACCUGAAGUUCAGGUCGGACCGGGACAACUUAACCAUGAUCCCAGAGUGCCGAGGCCCUACACAGAGGAGCUGCGAAGAGAGCCCAUCACUGACAGGAGGAGCGUUGGGGUGGAGAAAGUGCCGGCAGGCGGCAGGGUGUCCUCACUUAACCCUGAUCACCUGAAACCCAUGAGGAAGAGGAAGAGGAAGGAGUACCUUAGUCCCUCUGAGGAAGACUCCGACAUGGAGGGCACGGAUGAGAAAAUGGAUGACUCUAAAGCAGACAGCCGACACAUCAGAGCAGCUGGAGACAGUAAGACAGAGCAGUGGACGUGGGCUCUGUAUUUGGAGGAAACCAAAGCUAUUGCUGCUCCCAACAAGCUUUUCCAAGAGUCUCAGAGAGUGCCGACAGUGAAGAACGGCUUUAAACAGGGGAUGAAGCUGGAAGGCAUCGACCCACAGCAUCCGUCCAUGUACUUUGUCCUCACUGUGGCAGAGGUCUGUGGUUACCGGUUGCGGCUCCAUUUUGAUGGCUACUCCGACUGUCACGACUUCUGGGUGAAUGCAAACUCUCCCGACAUCCACCCUGCAGGCUGGUGUGAGAGCACAGGACACAAACUGCACACUCCCAAAGGCUGUAAAGAGGAGGAGUUUACCUGGACCAACUACCUGAGAAUGACUAAAGCACAAGUGGCUCCCAAAGAACUGUUCGCCAGUCCUGGCAGGAUUGACGUGAAGUGCAGCUUCGAGAUGGGAAUGAAGCUGGAGGCUGUCGACCGCAUGAACCCCUCCCUCAUCUGUGUAGCGACUGUCACUGACAUGGUGGACUACCGUUUCCUGGUUCAUUUUGACAACUGGGAUGACACAUAUGACUACUGGUGUGAUGCUAGCAGUCCAUACAUUCAUCCGAUUGGUUGGUGCCAGGAGAGGAACCUGCCCCUAACGCCACCCCAAGAUUAUCCAGACCAGGCCCAGUUCUCCUGGUCUCACUACCUGGAGGAGACUGGUUCUAAGGCAGUGGCUGCUGAUGCAUUUAAAGUGCGUGUGGCCCACAGCUUCCAACCUCAGAUGAAACUGGAGGCCGUGGACAAGCGAAGUCCUGGUCUGAUCAGAGUAGCCACAGUGGAGGAGGUCGAGACUCAUCGCAUUAAGAUCCAUUAUGACGGCUGGAGUCACGUCUAUGAUGAGUGGAUGGACUCAGAUCACCCAGACAUACAUCCAGCAGGCUGGUGUGAAGCAACUGGUCACCCACUGAAAAUUCCCCCACGGGACUCCAAAACACAGGAGCCACAUGGUGUGAGGGAGCUUCCUGCUACGGGUCAGUCUGUCUACCCCUCCUCUGUUCCCUGCAAACCCAUCAGCCACCCCAGAUCCAACAAGUACAGCUUCCACAACAGGAAGUGUCCGACUCCAGGCUGUGACGGUUCAGGCCAUGUGACUGGUCGUUUCACCGCUCAUCACUGCAUAUCUGGCUGCCCGCUGGCUGAGCGUAACCAGGGCAGGCUGAAGGCUGAGCUUUCAGACUCGGAGUGCAAGAGGAAUCUCUUCUUUGGCCAGAGAACCAAGAAGACCCAUUACCGUGGCAGGAUCGGUCGUCCUCCCAAAUACAGGAAGAACCAGCAGAGAGACUACCAGAACAUGUCCUCAGAAGUGUAUCCAUCACUGUUCAUGUCAGCGCUGAGUGGCCAGUCAGACAGGACACUGUCUCUGUGCUGGGAGCAGCACUGUAAACUGCUGCCUGGCGUUCAGGGCAUUCACGCGAGCCAGGUAGUGGCAUGGAACGUUGAAGAGGUCUCCAGUUUUGUCCAGAAUCUAAUCGGCUGUGAAGAACAAGCUCGUCUGUUUAAAGACGAGAUGAUUGACGGGGAGGCCUUCCUGCUGCUCACCCAGACCGACAUUGUGAAAAUCAUGAGCAUCAAGCUUGGCCCCGCCCUCAAGAUCUCCAACGCCAUCCUCAUGUUCAAGAGCACAGACGAGGGACUUAAGUGAUCCUGCCCUCGCUCAUUGGGAGGGUGGGCAUGGGGGGAGUGGGACCACCAAUCAUUAUGUGCCAAAUUCAUUCUAUUGCAGGGAAAAAGACCCUGACCCCUUUUUUCAUGUGUUUGGUGUCCUGUACCCAUCAGAGAGGGGGGUGGGGGGUGUUGAGAAAAAGGGAAAUAAGGCAAUGCAAAUAUUUUUGGGGAAUAAUGGAGGAAUGUCAUGAAGAUGAUGGACAAACUGUGAAGAGUGGAUAAAAGGCAGCAGAAGCAGGUGAGGGGCACCAACAGACGUUUUUUAUAGUUUGGUGGAUUUACAAUUGAUGAGAUUGGUUCAGUAUCACAGUUCGAUUUUUACCAGACUACCAAACGCCACUUGUUUUGAAUAUCCAGCUGUUGUGGCACCUGCUUCUGGAGAAGCAGAAGAAUCAUGCUGCAACUCACAGCUGCACUGGAGCUUCUCAGAAACUGAUUUAAUAUGUUAUCUACCUGAAUGAGUAUCGUUCCUAUUAAUUCAAGCUGUUCCACAGGUCAGUUGGAACUGAGCUCAGACCGGGUGAGGAGCCAGGGGAAUUUGGGAAAAAACGAACUUUACACAAGACCUCAUCUUCAUGAGAAACUGCUGCCUGUUUGGACAAAACCAUUAGUUAAAAACACUGAAAUUCCAGAUGUACUAACUAACUGUGAAAAAUAUCAAUGUUGUUUAAAAGAAAAUAAAUGGGGGGACUGUGGGCUGAGGGACAUGUGGCCAGUUUAAUGCAGCUGCUGAGGCUGGUCAGUGAAGCUGCUACAAGCUUCACGUUUUGUGCAAUAUAAAAAUAUUGAGACAGAUGUACUGUAUACAGCAACACUUCAUAUUGCUGCUACUUUGUUAUCAGACUAAUUCUAAUAGAAUACAAUGGAAGUUAAAUAAAUAAGCUACUUUGUUCAGACUAUCAGAGAAAGGUGUAGUGUUGUGGCAGAUGCACCGUUACUGUGAACACUGAAGUGAUAACCAGAGCCCUCAUUUAAAAUCGUACCCUCCAAUCUAGAGUCAGAAACAACAGUGUUUUUACUUUUGCAUAAAAAAAAGUGAUUUUCUUUACAAAUCUUAAUAGAUGAAAUAGACACUUUGCAUUGGCAUGUUAGCACAACUGUGAAAUCCAAGUGGAUUUUUACACAUGAUUUUCUCACACUUGGUCACUAGAGAGUGCAAAAAUCCACAUGAUAGCACUAUAAACAUGGAUUUGAUGUGGAGCCAGUGGAGCGGCCUAUUGUUCAGAUGUGAUGGAAAUUCCAUUCAGAGUGUUUGUUCUUUCAAAUGUUUACAUUUUAUGUCAGAAUAGGUUUAAAAAAAAAAGGAUGGAUUUGAUAUUGUUAGAUGAAAAGUUAUUUUACUGGAAAGUUUUAAGGGCUCCUGGAGUAUGACUUCUUUGUGUGUCUCUCUGAUGGGAUUUACAUGUGUGUGUGUGAGUGAGUGUGUGUGUGAGAGAGUUUGUGUGAGUGUGCAAGUGAAGAUAAUCUCGGGUCACAAAUGCCAUUCAAUCCAUAUGAAUUAAUAAAUGUC